CCUCCGCCUAAACCGCCCGCCUGGAGCGACAAGCACGAAAAAAAGUUCAAGAUCGGUGACAGCUCCAGCAGAGCCACCUCCAUAUCGUUCACCUUAAAAUUCGAUAAAGCCGUCUUAAUACCAGAUUUUGGCAAUGUCUGCUGCACAACUCCUGAACCCGAAAGCCGAGUCGAGAAGACGAGGGGAGGCUCUGCGGGUCAACAUCAGCGCCGGCGAAGGUCUGCAAGAUGUCCUGAAGUCAAAUCUGGGUCCUUUGGGGACUAUCAAGAUGCUUGUUGAUGGUGCUGGUCAAAUCAAAUUGACCAAGGACGGGAACGUUCUGCUUCGCGAAAUGCAAAUACAGAACCCCACGGCAGUCAUGAUCGCGAGGGCUGCGACUGCCCAAGACGACAUUUGCGGCGACGGCACAACAUCAGUGGUGCUGCUUGUGGGCGAACUGUUGAAGCAGGCGGAUCGGUAUAUCCAAGAGGGACUGCAUCCUCGUAUUAUUACAGAUGGGUUUGAAAUUGCCAAGAACGAAGCGCUUAAGUUCCUCGACGAGUUUAAGCUCCCUCGCGAAGUCGACCGCGAACUUCUGCUCUCUGUCGCGCGAACUUCACUCGCUACAAAGCUCAGCGCCAGCCUGGCGCAAAAACUGACCCCCGAUAUCGUUGAUGCCGUCCUCGCUAUCUACCAGGCGCCUGCGAAGCCCGACCUACACAUGAUCGAGAUCAUGAAGAUGCAACACCGGACUGCUUCAGACACACAACUGAUCCGUGGCCUUGCCCUAGACCACGGUGCUCGUCAUCCCGACAUGCCGAAGCGCGUCGAGAAUGCCUACAUUUUGACGCUGAACGUCAGUCUUGAGUACGAAAAGACCGAGAUCAAUUCGAGCUUUUUCUACUCCAGUGCGGAGCAACGGGACAAGCUGGUUGAGAGCGAGAGGCGCUUUGUCGAUGCCAAGUUGAAGAAGAUUGUUGAGCUCAAGAAGGAGGUAUGCGGUAAUGACGGCAAAAAGAACUUUGUCAUUAUCAACCAAAAGGGCAUUGAUCCCCUGUCGCUGGAUGUCCUGGCGAAGAACGGCAUUCUGGCGCUCAGAAGAGCCAAGAGGAGGAACAUGGAGCGACUACAGCUCGUUUGCGGCGGUGUUGCGCAGAACACAGUAGACGACCUUAGCCCUGCGGUUCUUGGAUGGGCGGGUCUUGUCUAUGAGCAACAGCUUGGAGAGGAGAAGUACACGUUCAUCGAGGACGUGAAAGACCCCAAGUCGGUCACCAUCUUGAUCAAGGGCCCCAACCAGCACACCAUCAACCAGGUUACCGACGCCGUCCGGGAUGGGCUGCGGAGUGUCUACAACAUGAUUGUCGAUAAGAGCGUGGUCCCCGGCGCGGGCGCCUUCCAGGUCGCCUGUUCGGCGCAUCUCAAGAGCGAUGCCUUCGCCAAAACCGUCAAAGGCAAGGCUAAGUGGGGUGUCGAAGCAUUUGCAGAUGCUCUCCUGGUAAUCCCGAAAACAUUGGCGGCGAAUGCUGGCCUAGAUAUUCAGGAUGCUCUUGCCGCUCUGCAGUAUGAGCAUCGGGACGGCAAUGUGGUAGGCCUUGACCUCACAACAGGCCAACCUAUGGACCCAACCUUGGAGGGUGUGUAUGACUCCUUCAGGGUGCUGAGGAACUGCAUUGCUUCCAGCUCUGGCAUUGCCUCAAAUCUACUGCUUUGUGAUGAGCUGUUGAAGGCGAGGCAGAUGGGCCGGUCAGGUGGCCCUGGGCCAGGCAUGGAUGGGCCUGAAGAGUAACAGGUAUUUCAUCUUUACGUGUAAGAUACCUACUUAGACAUAGAUCUAGGUCAAGAGAUGGAAAUACCAGUUAAGAACAAUGUUUGUUUUCUGCUGCCGU